GACGAUCAAUGCUAAAAUAUUUAAAAAUUUUAAGUAAAAAUAAAAAAAGCAUGAAAGUACACAUGAAAUGAAGACAUAUUAGUUAACUGAAGAUCAAAACAGAUUAGUGUUCAACAUGAGUCUUGUGUCCAAAGUUUCUUUCAAGGGCACAUUCUUGGGUCUUAGACCUUGCUGAAUCUUUUAGUGUUCAUCUGCGUGUGGCCGCUGUUGCCCCCAUCUGAGACUGGCGCGAGGGGAAUCAUGCCACCCUUGCCCCCUAGAUCUAUAUCCUUUAUCUACGCCUAAGACAUGGAAUAGCCAUUAUUGUAUUUGCAUUACCACAAGAUGCCAUGUAACGAAACUGGAUUAAUGAGCUGACAAAAAUCAUUCAAAAAUUGAAAAAAAAAAGACCAAUAACAUCUUGCUUAUAUAGGUACUGAGAAGCUGCUCUUUCAAUGGAUGUCUUAAAACAAGACUUUACUACUGAGCUAAAAAAUAUCAUAAAAGUUGAGAAGAUAAAAUGGUCUUCACAUUCAGAGAUGACAGAAAACAGUUUCAUGUCUCAAACUUCUAAAUUAAUUUUAGUGGAACAGACGCAGAAUGGAAAUCAAGAAAUGCUUUUAAAGCAAGAUAUUUUUGCUAAAAACACUCCUAACAAAGAUGUACAAGCAAAAAACUUUCAAUCUGAAGAACAAAAUGAAUCCAUUGAAAAUAAAACUUACCGGUAUCAGAUGGUUUGUGCAGAGAAACAAUCUUCUUUAUCAAUCUCCAAGAACCAUGAAACUUUUACGUGUGACUUGUGUCAAAAACAAAUUUUUACUAAAUAUUCUUUAAAAGUUCACCUCGAACUUCAUUGUGGAGUAAAACUAAAAACGGUUAAGUGUGACUUAUGCCAAAAACUAAUAUCUAGAAAAUAUUUAAAAUCUCAUCUAGCUCUUCAUUGUGGAAUAAAACAACAGACAUUUAAAUGUGACUUGUGUCAAAAACAUUUAUCUACAAUAGACUAUUUAAAAACUCAUCUAGCACGUCAUUGUGCAAUAAAACUAAAAACAUUUAAGUGUGACUUAUGUCAAAAACAAAUAUCUUAUAAAUAUCUUUUAAAAACUCAUCUAGCACUUCAUUGUGGAAUAAAACAAUUCAAAUGUCAGAUUUGCCAGAAAGAAUUCAUGUAUUCCUCAACAUUAAAACAGCAUUUGAAGUUUCAUUCUGUUAAAAAAACAUUUAAGUGUGAGAUUUGUCAAAAAGAAUUCAUUCAUUUGGUUAGUUUAAAAAGGCAUGAGAUAACUCAUUCUGGUAAAAAGCAAUUUAAAUGUCAAAUUUGUUUCAAAGAAUUCCAUUGGUCCUCAAGCUUAAAGACCCAUGAGAUAACUCAUUCUGCUAAAAAGCCAUUUCAGUGUCACAUUUGUCUUAAGGAAUACACUCGUCGUUCUACAUUAAAAAGUCAUGAGAUAAUUCAUUCUGGUAUUAAGCGAUUCGCAUGUCAAAUUUGUAAAAAAGAAUUUGCUCUCGCCUCAAGUUUAAAAUCCCAUGAGAGAACUCAUUCUGGUAAAAAGUCAUUUCAAUGUAUAAUUUGUCAAAGAAAAUUUGCUCAUUCUUCCUCUUUAAAAAUGCAUGAAAGGAUUCAUUCAGGUAAAAAGUCAUUUAAAUGUCAUAUUUGUCAAAAAGAAUUCACUCUUUCCUCAAGUUUAAAACGUCAUGAGAUAGUUCAUUCUGGUAAAAAAUCAUUUCAAUGUAAAAUUUGUCAAAAAAAUUUUUCUUGGUUCUCAGGCCUACAAAGGCAUGAGAAGAUUCAUUCUGGUGAAAAGCCAUUUCAAUGUAAAAUUUGUCAAAAAGAAUUCAUUCGUUUUGGUAGUUUAAAAGAGCAUGAAAUGAUUCAUUCUGGUGAAAAACUAUUUGAAUGUCAAAUUUGUCAAAGAAAAUUCACUCUACGCUCAACUUUAAGACAGCAUGAGAGGAUUCACUCUGGUAAAAAGCCAUUUCAAUGUCAAAUUUGUCCACAGAAUUUUGUACGGCUCUCUCAAUUAAAAUCGCACAGCAUGACUCAUGCUGGUAAAAAGCUAUCUAAAUGUCAAAUUUGCCAAAAAGCAUUUAGAACUAAGUCAUAUUUAAAAAAGCAUGAGAUGAUUCAUUCUGGUGAAAAGCCAUUCCAAUGUCAAAUUUGUCAAAAAAGGUUUACAGAUUCCUUAUUUUUAAAACAGCAUGAGAGAGUUCAUUCUGGUAUAAAGCCAUUUAAAUGUCAAAUUUGUCAAAAAGCAUUCAAUCGUUCCUCAACCUUAAAACAGCAUGAGAGAAAUCAUUCAGGCUAUAAGCCAUUUAAAUGUGAAAUUUGUCAAAAACGUUUCACAAAUUUCUCAUAUUUAAAACAGCAUAAGACGAUUCAUUCUGGUGAAAUGCCAUUUAAAUGUCUAAUUUGCUCUAAAAAAUUUGCUCUGCUCUUAUAUUUAAAAAGGCAUAUUAUGAAUCAUUCUGGUAAAAGGAUAUUUAAAUGUCAAAUUUGUCAAAAAGGAUUCAUACAUUCCUCAUACUUAAAAAGGCAUGAACAAACUCAUUCUGGCAAAAAGCCAUUUAAAUGUGAAGUUUGUCAAAAAGGAUUCACAUAUUCCUCAUGUUUAAAACAGCAUAAGAUUGUUCACACUGGUGAAAAGCCAUUUAAAUGUCAAAUUUGCCAAAGAAAAUUUGCUCGCAUAUGUCACUUAAAAAGGCAUAAGAUUGUUCACACUGGUAAAAAGUCAUUUAAAUGUCAAAUUUGUCAAAGAGGAUUCACUUGUUCCUCAUAUUUAAAACAGCAUGAGAGGAUUCACUCUGGUAAAAAGUCAUAUAAAUGUCAAAUUUGUUUUAAAAAAUUUUCUUGGCUCAAUCAGUUAAAUAGGCAUAAGAUGAAUCAUUCUGGUUCUGGUAAAGAAAUUAUUUCAGCUUAGAAUGUGUUGAAAAUGAAAUCAAAAGACAAUUGACUAGAGAUUAAUUAAAUAUUUAGUUUUUAAAUGUCAUGCCUGUUAAUUAAGUCUUAUCUGCUAUAAAGAAUUAAUGUAAUCGCUACCAUAAAAUUCACUCAGUCCUUACCUAACUGUUUGAGAUACCAGGUAUGGUAAUUCUUUCUGGUCUAAAACCUUUAAAUGUCAAAAUGUAAAUGUUAUGAGAUGAUUUAUUUUUACGAAGCUCAUAUUGACGCUUUCUGUUUGGUAAAAUGGUUUUACACGUUACUUCUCCGACACCCAAUCUGGGAUCAAGAUGAAAAUUUGCAAAACCGUUUCUUUUACCAGAAAAAACAAACAAGCAUCAAUAAUAAACAAAAAGGGUAACCAAUUUGUUAAUUAACUAUUAGUAAUUAAUUAUUUUGCUUGGUAUCUUGAACAAGAGGAAGAAAUUGUACUUAAAUGAAGUAAUGGUAUAAGCUUAAUUAGUUCCCUUGAUAGGUCGCCGCUUUAAAGUAAGUUUGAAACAAACAAUAGAAAACUAUGUAAUUUCUAUUUUCAUAAGCAAUUCACUAACUGAGCGGUUAGUUUGUCGGCUUGUGUAUUAAUGUUGUAAUUGUGAAACGUUUGUACAUUCUAGAAAUUCUUUAAUUAGAAUAGAAAUGAUUUUUUUUAAACAACCACUUUUAUUAGAUUUUUUACUACGUUGUAUUAAUGCUGAAACAUUGAGUUUGAUUUUCUUGUUCAUUGCAAACCAAAUAUUGUACAGGUUAAAUAAAGUAAUUUUACGCAGAGCA